CAGCCAGACUGUUGAUCUCCUCAUGCAAGAAUCAGGAUGUCGCUUAGAGCAUUCUGCGGCUACCAAGUUCCGCAACCAUGUCAUGGAAGGAGAGUGGGACAAGGCGGAGAACGAUCUUAAUGAACUCAAGUCCUUAGUGCACACUCCUCAUUCAGUAAUGGCAUGUCGUCCUGCUGCUGGAGGUUCGGGGAGUGAUCAUUCCUCCUCAUCCUGCCCCACUACGGAUGUCAUCCGGCGGAUGAAGUUCUUAUUGCUGCAGCAGAAGUACCUGGAAUACUUGGAAGACGGCAAAGUCCUGGAAGCACUGCAAGUCUUACGCUGUGAGCUGACACCACUGAAAUACAAUACAGAGAGGAUUCAUGUCCUCAGUGGGUAUUUAAUGUGUAGUCAUGCUGAAGACCUUCGUGCAAAAGCAGAGUGGGAAGGUAAAGGGGCAACAUCACGCUCUAAACUUCUCGAUAAACUACAGACAUACUUGCCACCCUCGGUCAUGUUGCCCCCCAGACGCCUGCAAACUCUGCUACGUCAAGCGGUUGAGCUGCAAAGAGACCGGUGCCUCUAUCACAAUACAAAACUUGACAACAGUCUGGAUUCUGUGUCCCUGCUUAUUGAUCAUGUCUGCAGCAGAAAACAGUUUCCGUGCUUCACACAACAAGUCCUCACAGAGCACUGUAACGAAGUGUGGUUCUGCAAGUUCUCCAAUGAUGGCACUAAACUAGCAACAGGAUCAAAAGACACAACUGUUAUUAUAUGGCAGGUUGAUCCAGACACACACCAGCUCAAGUUACUCAAGACUUUAGAAGGCCACGCUUAUGGAGUUUCCUAUCUUGCCUGGAGCCCCGACGACAACUAUCUUGUUGCUUGUGGUCCAGAUGACUGUUCUGAGCUGUGGCUAUGGAAUGUACAGACUGGUGAGUUGAGAACGAAAAUGAGCCAGUCCCACGAAGACAGUUUGACAAGUGUGGCCUGGAAUCCAGAUGGGAAGCGAUUUGUAACUGGUGGACAGCGGGGGCAAUUCUACCAAUGUGACCUGGACGGCAACCUGCUGGACUCCUGGGAGGGCGUGAGAGUGCAGUGUCUGUGGUGCUUAAGUGACGGCAAAACUGUUCUGGCAUCAGACACGCACCAGCGGAUCCGGGGCUAUAACUUCGAGGACCUCACAGAUAGAAACAUAGUACAAGAAGAUCAUCCUAUCAUGUCAUUCACAAUAUCAAAAAAUGGAAGACUAGCAUUGUUAAAUGUAGCUACUCAGGGUGUUCAUUUAUGGGACUUGCAAGAUAGAGUUUUAGUGAGAAAAUACCAAGGCGUGACGCAAGGCUUUUACACAAUACACUCAUGUUUUGGCGGUAACAACGAAGACUUCAUCGCCAGCGGCAGUGAAGAUCACAAAGUGUACGUGUGGCACAAGCGCAGCGAACUGCCCAUCGCAGAGCUGACCGGACAUACGCGCACAGUAAACUGUGUGAGUUGGAACCCUCAGAUUCCCUCACUGAUGGCCAGUGCUUCUGACGAUGGUACUGUUAGAAUAUGGGGACCAGCACCUUACAUAGACAACCAGGACUUUGAAGGUAACUAUGUGACAUAUUAA